AUGGACGCGCAGCAGCGAUUUAUACGCCUCGGCUUGGACGAAGCUCUCGAUAUUGACGAUGACCAGCACUACCAUGAUGAGGAACUGCCUGACUACGAGGCUUCGACCGCCCCCGCAUACAAUGACAGCGACCACAAUGGGCCAUACGAGACAUAUCGCCUGAGACGCUACGAUCGCAGAACACAGAUGCUAGUAGCGUGUGGCCCAUCUGCGAGCUCAGCCUAUCGAAUCACAACGAACACAUUCCGGCUCUUCUCGAAAAGGCCAGAGAUGGAGGUGCUCUGCACAGGCGAAAAGCGCAUGCGAACACUGGCAGCCAUAUCAUUUGACGAUGACGGUCCUUUGCCCUGGCGACCGCGCGCGCACUUCAACCACACCAGUUCAGACGGUGUAGCAGAAAGGUUCGAUAUGGAAGCGCGCAAUUUUGCCAACUGGGCGUUCACAGUAGGAGGCAAAGUAUACAAGUGGAAGCUUGGAAUGUGGCCCAUCUCGCUGGAGCUGAGUGAGAGAGACUCGACACAUGUCAUUGCGCGCCUCACAUUUUCUGAUCGGGGGACACUGGCUGUACGGGGAGGAGAAGUGGGUGACUUGGUCGUCUAUCGUGACGGCUUAACGAUGCAGAGAGACGGUAUUGGGAAGGUUGUUUGCAGCCUGAUGGUUUCUCUGACGCAGCUGCAGAAACUUGGGCGUCACUAUUCAAAUGACGAUGCAACGAGGUCACGGACGGGCUCGUUGGUAAGGUAA